GGUCUAGCAUCACAGAAGUUAAAAAGAAAAGAGAAGUCUUAGGCUUAUUAGACGAAGAAGAAAGAAAACCCAAAGUUAAUAAGUCUCUUAUACAAAGAAUUGGUGGAAAUACAAUAAAAAUAGCAGAGCACAAUAGUGAUUCAGUAAAGAAAGAUCACAGAAAAGAAAACUGGCUGCCCAAAAGUCAAAAGAAAACAAAAUAUACAGAUAACCCAGAUCCUGAAAACAACAACUCAAUUCACAAUAUGUUGUCAAAAAUUUUAGAUUGA